ACUAUCAACAAGGGAGACUGCACCAUGUGGAUGGUCAGGGUGGGUUGUGGUGAUUACGGGAGCGAGUUUAACAUGUCAUCAGAUGGUUCCCUCCAUGGCAGGAAACUUAGGCCUCUCAUACCAAGGCCUACCUCUGCCAACUUCUCUCCAAUCCCAAACCCUAAUUCUUCUAUUCGCACUCCCAUUCACAAGGCCAAUCUUUCCACACUCAAUGGGAAUCUGGGUUUUGAUAGUGACUAUCGAUAUAUCGCUGCAGCUACCAUCAAAGACCAAGCCAAGUUGGAUACAACCCCAGCGGCACCCAUAGUGACAUCGCGUUGGAGCCCGACGCCAGAGCAGCUGCAUGCCCUAAAAGAGAUGUAUUGGCGAGGAAUCCGAACGCCCACGAUGGAGCAAAUUCAUCAGAUUGCGGCAAAGCUACGCCGGUUUGGCAGGAUUGAAGGGAAGAAUGUUUUCUACUGGUUUCAGAACCACAAGGCCAGAGAACGCCAAAGACGCCGUCGGAUGGCAGUUUGCACACCUUGUGAGGAACAACCACAACGUGAUAUCCAAACUCUUGAGAGAAGAAACCCAGGGUUGAGCGGGACAGCUGGUUUCGAAAUUGGGACGACAAAGAACAAGGCAGCUUCUUCAAACUGCAGUACUCUUUCAGAGGACUCUGUACCAAUACUUAGAACAGCAGUAUCGGAAAAAGGAACAGAUGGGUGGAAUCAGUUUGAUAAGGAGAGAGAAUUGCAGCAGAUUAUUAUGAAGAGCAGCACAGAAACCAUGCUACCAAAUUGGAUGCUAAUGGAGCCCUAUUCCACUCCACCAAUUCACUUCGUUCACACCGCAAACUCAACCGAUCAAGCCACACAAGAAGCUUCACGUAUCAACGAAUUCAAAGGUGAAAGGAGAGAUAAUCAAACGCUUCAGCUCUUCCCGAUCCGGAGCGAUGGCGUCCGUUACAUGAACAUUGAUGUAGUGCAUCAGCCCAUGGGAGCUGUGGACACCGGCUCCGCUCCAAACCAGUUUUUCGAGUUUCUUCCUACGUGA